AUGACUGAUAUUCCAUUUUCUAAUGGUCGACCAGAUCCCGUUUGGGUACGAGAACGAGCAGAUGAAGUUCGUCGAACAAGUGCAACACUUAUUCGCGGUUUAUUUCCUGUGGAAACGAUUGAUGCAUUAAACAUUGAUUUUCAGCCGUUGUUAGAGGAAACUAUUCGUCAAGAAGGUAACGAAGGAAAUCGUGGUAAGAAUCGAUAUUAUGUCACACCGUUGUUUCAUGGAUUAUGGGCAGAUUCAGAACUCAUUGAUAAUGACGUUAUUAUGCCUAUUGUUGAACAAUUAGUAGGUGACGAUGGAGUUCUAUGUCAAGUAGCAACAGAUACACCAUGUUUAGGAUCAGAAUAUCAACAAUUACAUCGGGAUACUCAAUUGUUAUUUCCCGAAAGUGGACAAGAAACACCUCCAUAUCAAUUGGCUGUUAAUUUUCCAUUAGUUGAUGUGACCGAUGAGAAUGGUCCAUUAGAAAUGGCUGCAUGUACUCAUAUGUUAUCAAAGGAAGAUGGUUUACAGAGAAUUGAAAAGGGAGAAAUUCCAGUGGAACAAGUAUUAAUGAAACGUGGUGAUGUCAUGAUACGCGAUGUGAGACACAUUCAUCGUGGAACACCGAAUAAAACAAAUAUUCCUCGUCCAAUGGUAGUGAUCGGCUACAGUCGACGAUGGUUAUUUCGUCCUGAAGUACAAAUACGUGUUCCAAGGCAAACACUUGAAAACCUUUCAAAACGUGCUCAAAAAUGGCUUCGUUUCAAUCCUAUUUUUGACACAAUAGAGGAAGCGAAUAAAAAAGAAGAAAGCUAUCGAUCAUUCGCCUAUUGA